AUGGCUCCAAUCCAACCGCAGACCUUGUUUUCUUCAACGUCUGACGUUGCCAUAGUUGGGGGCGGUGCAAGUGCUCUUGCAAUUCUUCUUCAAUUGAUUGAGAGGUGCAAACAUGAAACUUUCUUUAGCAAAAUCGUUGUGCUUGAGAAGAGUGAGCUUCCUGGUCCAGGGCUUGCAUAUUCAACCUCAUGUGAGGGUACCAUCCUGAACAUGCACACCGACACUAUGGGGCUGUACCAUGACAGACCCAAGCAUUUCACCCAAUGGCGAACCAGCAUGAAAGGGGGGCAAUUUCCUCCUCGGGAGGAAUAUGGACAGUACCUCCAAGCUACUUGGUCUCAAGCCAUUGAGGAAGCCCAGCAAGUUGGGUUAGAGGUUUCUGUCAUCCACGAAGAGGUCGAAGAUAUCGAGCGAUUGGAUGACAGUAUUUUUGAAUUAAAAGUCAAAGGUGGAAACCGACUUGUCUCACAGGCUGUUAUUCUUUGCCUAGGCAAUUUCACAUCAGUCCGCAAUCUUCAUCUUAUGGACCUCCCUGGCUUCUUCCCAAGUCCAUGGCCGUUGUCAAAAUUGAAAGCCAUUCCGAGUGAUUCCGCCGUCCUGAUUGUGGGCUCUCGAUUAUCUGCAGUUGACGCAGCUACUUUCCUCCACGAUAAUGGCCACCGAGGCACGAUCACUUUGAUGUCACGCAGUGGUUGCUUGCCAAAAGUCCAAGGGUACAAUGAACCCUAUCCUCGUCGUUAUGUGCUGCACGAUCUCGCGGAACAGACCGAGUCCGAUCCGAACGAGGCUCUACUACAGAUCAUGCGUGGCUUGAUGGAUGAGCUCUCACAGGCAACUGAUGGUGACUGGAGUUGGCUUAUCGAUGAUACAUCACCGAUGAAGCAGCUCCAAUAUGAUAUCCAUGCCGCACAGACAGGUCAAGUCCAAUGGCAAGCAGUCUUACGAAGUACAGCGCCGGUCAUUGAGCGAUAUUGGAAAUGCCUCUCACCAGGAAGUCAAGAGCUCUUCAUGAAGGACUUCUAUAGUAUGUGGAUGAGGUUCCGCCAUGCAAUGCCCUUGCACAAUGCACGAAAGAUACUCCAGAUGAUGAAGAGCUCGCAGCUGCGAGUUGUUCGUGGAGAGUCUGUGCAUUGGGAUGGCCGCUUUAGAGCAGAUACUUCAGAUGGCAUUAUUGAAGUCGGUCAUGUUAUCGAAGCAACCGGACAGGAAUGUCGUCUCAAUCACAUCCGCUCCCGGCUCAUCCAGUCAGCACUCAAAAAAAACUUGAUCAAGUCACAUCCUCGUGGCGGCAUUGUCGUUGACUUUGAUGACUUGAGUGUGGCACCAGGGCUUUACGCUAUCGGCUCGCUCACCCGUGGGACACAUUUCUACGUGAGUGCGAUCGACCGCAUUGCGGCACAUGCGGCUCGAAUUUCCUACUCCUUGACGAAACAACCUUGUGCACGAUCAUUGCAUGUGGCAAUCUUCUGCGGAUCGGAUCUGUUCUCUCAACUUAUGAUGAGCGAGUUGGUUCCAAAUCUCCUCGCUGACGGCCAUGUUCCCUUCAUAUACCUGCCCAAGCACAGGGCCAGUGCUAGUGCUGUUCCGUUUGAACUUCGAGAACUAGCCUUCUUCGAACGAGAAUUGCUACAGCAAUAUGUCCGGCCGUAUUUUCAGGGAAGAAAUCCCACCGGUGCUACACAUCAGACAAUUGACCAAAUCCGAAAUACGUACGGAAUUCUCGUUGAAGACGUGCCCAACAUCAACAAAAUUUCCUUUAUUGAAACACUCGCAAAACACCACAUCAACGUUGGUCUAUCAAUCCGAUGCUAUCAGCGGUUCAAAACGGAUAUCAUUCGGUACUUUUCCCAGCCCCGACGCCUGCUCAACCUUCAUCCUGGGACUCUGCCUGCUUACCGUGGCGUGAUGACAACGGUUCGAGCCAUGAAGAAUAAAGAAACGCAUUUUGGAUAUUCUCUCCAUGACAUUGACGAGAAUUGGGAUGCGGGAGAUGUCAUCGAAAUUCGCAAGCAUCCCAUCGACUAUUCCAAGUCAAUGCUUGCCUACAUGGGAGACGUGUAUGGUAUCGGGGUGCAGAUGGCGCGAGAUGCAGUCGACAAGAUUGCCAGGUGCAGGGAGAUGCCAAAGACACCACAGGAUGCCGAGACUAGUGGCUAUUACACAUUUCCAACGUCUGAAGAACUGCAGGAUAUCCGAGAGAGCGGCAUACGCUUGGUGGAUGCUGACCAGAUCGUUAGUAUUGUGGCUGAAUCUUUCGCGUCGCCUGGUGAACAAGUGAAAUUUCGCGAGUAUAUUCAACUCGUUGUGCAGGACUGGUACAGCCGGAAUGGCGUUCAAAGUUGUUGA